CGACCGGCAUUGGCCCGGCGCGGCGCCUCCCUCGGCAGCGCUCCUCCCCGCUCCGGCUCUCCCUCGGCAGACGGAAGCCGGGCAGGGACGAGGGAGCCUGGAGCGGCAGGAUGGGGGACUCCAAAGUGAAGGUGGCGGUGCGUGUCCGCCCCAUGAACCGGCGAGAGCUUGAUCUGCAUACAAAAUGUGUGGUGGAUGUGGAUGCAAACAAGGUUAUUCUUCACCCAGUAAACACCAACCUUUCAAAAGGAGAUGCCAGCAGGACUCACCCAAAGGUGUUUGCAUAUGAUCACUGCUUUUGGUCUAUGGAUGAAUCUGCCAAAGACAAAUAUGCAGGUCAAGAUGUUGUUUUCAAGUGCCUUGGAGAGAAUAUUCUUCAGAAUGCCUUUGAAGGCUACAAUGCUUGUAUCUUUGCCUAUGGGCAAACAGGCUCUGGAAAAUCCUACACCAUGAUGGGUACUGCUGAUCAGCCUGGAUUAAUCCCUAGACUUUGCAGUGGGCUCUUUGAAAGAGCACAGAAAGAAGAAAAUGAAGAGCAGAGUUUCAAAGUGGAAGUAUCCUACAUGGAGAUUUACAAUGAGAAAGUCAGAGAUCUGCUUGACCCCAAAGGAAGCCGUCAGUCACUAAAGGUUAGAGAACACAGUGUUUAUGGCCCUUACGUAGAUGGCCUUUCCAAACUAGCUGUUGCUAGCUACAAGGACAUCGAGUCCUUGAUGUCUGAGGGCAACAAAUCUCGGACAGUGGCUGCCACCAACAUGAACGAGGAGAGCAGUCGGUCCCAUGCAGUCUUCAAGAUCAUCCUCACCCACACCCUCUAUGAUGUGCACUCAGGGACAUCAGGUGAGAAGGUGGGCAAGCUCAGCCUGGUGGACUUGGCAGGCAGUGAAAGGGCAACUAAGACUGGUGCUGCAGGAGACAGGCUGAAAGAAGGGAGCAACAUUAACAAAUCCCUCACAACUCUGGGGCUGGUUAUUUCUGCCCUGGCAGAUCAGGCUGCUGGCAAGAACAAGAACAAAUUUGUUCCAUAUCGUGAUUCUGUGCUCACUUGGUUACUUAAAGACAGCCUGGGGGGCAACAGCAAGACAGCCAUGGUGGCCACGGUGAGCCCGGCGGCCGACAACUACGACGAGACGCUGUCGACGCUGCGCUACGCCGACAGGGCCAAGAACAUCGUCAACCACGCGGUGGUGAACGAGGACCCCAACGCCCGCAUCAUCCGCGAGCUGCGCGAGGAGGUGGAGAAGCUGCGCGAGCAGCUCACCCAGGCCGAGGCUAUGAAAUCACCAGAAUUAAAAGAAAGAUUGGAGGAAUCAGAGAAGUUGAUUCAGGAGAUGACCGUGACCUGGGAAGAAAAAUUACGAAAAACUGAAGAGAUAGCUCAGGAGCGUCAGAAACAGCUGGAAAGCCUUGGCAUAUCCCUGCAGUCCUCUGGAAUAAAAGUUGGGGAUAAUAAGUGCUUCCUGGUUAAUUUGAAUGCAGAUCCAGCUCUCAAUGAACUCCUGGUGUACUAUUUAAAGGAGCACACAUUGAUAGGCUCAGACAACUCCCAGGAUAUCCAGCUGUGUGGAAUGGGAAUUCUUCCUGAGCACUGCAUCAUAGACAUCACCCCAGAAGGCCAGGUUAUGCUGACUCCUCAAAAAAACACCAGGACAUUUGUAAAUGGCUCUGCUGUCGUGUGUCCCAUCCAGCUCCACCAUGGAGACAGAAUCCUGUGGGGAAACAAUCACUUCUUCAGGCUGAAUUUGCCAAAGAAGAAGAAGAAGGCAGAUCAUGAGGAUGAGGAGAGGGACAACUCCAUGAAAUGCAGUAACAGUGUGGAGCAGCUGGAUAUAGAUGGAGACAAUUCCAGUGAGGUGUCCAGUGAGAUUAACUUCAGCUAUGAAUAUGCCCAGAUGGAAGUCACCAUGAAGGCUCUUGGUAGUAAUGACCCCAUGCAGUCCAUCCUGCAGAGCCUGGAGCAGCAGCACGAGGAGGAGAAGAGAUCAGCUCUGGAGAGGCAGAGGCUGAUGUACGAGCACGAGCUGGAGCAGCUGCGGCGGCGCCUCUCUCCCGAGAAGCAGCAGUUCCGCAGCAUGGACAGGUUCUCCUUCCACUCCCCCAGCGCCCAGCAGCGCCUCAGGCAGUGGGCAGAGGAGAGAGAAGAAAUGCUGACCCACAGCCUGAGGAAGCUGCGAGAGCAGAUUGUAAAAGCCAAUUUGUAUGUGAGAGAAGCCAAUUUUAUUGGAGAGGAACUGGACAAGAGGACAGAGUACAAAGUGACCCUCCAGAUCCCAGCUUCAAGCCUUAAUGCCAACAGCAAGAGAGGUGCAAUUCUCAGUGAGCCUGCAAUCCAGGUGAGGAGGAAAGGGAAAGGCAAACAGAUCUGGUCACUGGAGAAGCUGGAGAAUCGACUGGUGGAUAUGAGAGACCUUUACCAGGAGUGGAAAGACUGUGAGGAAGACAAUCCAGUGAUGAGAGCUUAUUUCAGGAGAGCUGAUCCCUUCUAUGAUGAGCAGGAGAACCACAGCCUUAUUGGAGUAGCCAAUGUUUUCCUUGAGUGCCUGUUCUAUGAUGUGAAGCUGCAAUAUGCUGUUCCAAUCAUCAAUCAGAAGGGAGAGGUUUCAGGUCGUCUGCACGUGGAGGUUGUUCGGGUGAGCGGGGAGAUCGAUGACAGGCUGGUGGGAGGGGAGGACAGCCCUGACUGCUGCCCUGAGAGUGACAUCCAGGAGAGGAAACUCGUCUGCAGGAUUAAAAUACUUCAAGCUACAGGUUUGCCACAGCACCUUUCCAAUUUUGUGUUCUGCAAAUACACAUUUUGGGAUCAAGUGGAGCCAGUUAUUGUUGCACCUGAGGUGGAUCCAUCCCAGUCUUCCAUCAGCAAGGAGCCACGGUGCAUGGUUGUCUUUGACCACUGCAAUGAGGUUUCUGUGAAUAUUUCUGAAGACUUCAUGGAGCACCUCUAUGAUGGUGCUUUGGCCAUCGAGGUUUAUGGGCACAAGCAGAGCGGUGACCGCAGAAACCCAGCCCUGUGGGAUUUGGGAAUCAUCCAAGCCAAAACACGCAGCCUUCGGGACAGGUGGAGCGAGGUGACGCGCAAAGUGGAGCUGUGGGUUCAGAUCCUGGAGCUCAAUGAGAACGGGGAGUACUGCCCAGUGGAGGUCACCCCUGCCAAGGACGUCAGCACAGGAGGCAUCUUCCAGCUCAGGCAGGGGCAGUCUCGACGAAUCCAGGUUGAAGUGAAAUCAGUGCAGGAAUCUGGGACCUUGCCACUGAUGGAGGAAUCCAUAUUAUCUGUUGGCAUUGGCUGUGUUCAAAUCAAACAUGCCAAGUCUCAACUUUAUCAGGAAGAAGAGGAUGAAAUGGACAGUUAUCAGGACAGGGACUUGGAGAGGCUCCGUCGGAAGUGGCUCUGUGCCUUAACAAAGCGCCAGGAGUACCUGGAUCAGCAGCUGCAGAAACUCGUGGGGAAGCCUGAUAAAACCGAGGACGACGCGGAUCGGGAGGCUCAGCUCCUGGAGAUGAGGCUGACCCUCACAGAAGAAAGGAAUGCUGUGAUGGUUCCUUCUGCUGGCAGUGGCAUCCCUGGAGCUCCAGCAGAGUGGACUCCUGUGUCUGGUAUGGAAACUCACAUUCCUGUUAUAUUCCUUGACUUGAAUGCUGAUGACUUCAGCUCCCAGGAUAACCUGGAUGACCCAGAGGCAGGAGGCUGGGAUGCUACUCUGGUGGCAGAGGAGGAGGAGGAAUUCUUUGAGCUGCAGAUUGUGAAGCACCACGACAGUGAGGUGAAAGCAGAAGCCUCGUGGGACUCCACAGUCCACGACUGCAUCCAGCUCAGCAAGGGCACAGCAGCAGAGGAGAGGGUUUACCUGAUUGUCAGAGCCACUGUCCAGCUCAGCCACCCUGCAGAGAUGCAGCUGGUGCUGAGGAAACGCAUCUGUGUCAACGUCUAUGGCAGACAGGGUUUUGCACAGAGCUUCCUCCGAAGAAUGUCCCCCAGAAGUUCCAUCCCUGGCUGUGGUGUCACUUUUGAGAUAGUCUCCAACAUCCCAGAGGAUGCUCAAGGGGCUGAGGAGAGGGAGGCCCUGGCCAGGAUGGCAGCAAAGGUGGAAGAUGCAGCUUCAGCUGACUCUGAAGCCUACAUUGAGAAGUACCUGCGCAGCGUGCUGGCCGUGGAGAACAUCCUGACCCUGGACAGGCUGCGGCAGGAAGUUGCUGUAAAGGAGCAGCUGAUGGGGAAAGGAAAACUCUGCCGCAGGAGCCUGAGCUCCCCCAACGUCAAUCGGCUUUCUGCAAGCCGCCAGGAUUUAGCCCCCCCUUAUAACCUGAGCAGUAACAGGAGUCCAAAGGUCCCAGCAGAGGGUCGAUGGGAGAGUCAGCAAGAUGUGUCCCAAGGUGCCACAAACUCCAGUAGAGGCAUGAGCCCAUCUCAGACCUCCCUGCCAGGCUCUGGGCAGCAAAACCACUCUGCUGAUGCAGGUAUUGGUAGCCUGGCUGCUUCCUACCUGAAUCCUGUCAAGUCCUUUGUGCCUCAGAUGCCAAAGCUGCUGAAGUCCCUGUUCCCUGUCAGAGAUGAGAAGAAGGGCAGGCAGAGCUCCCCCUUAGCACAGCAGGCUGUCCCAAGAAUUAUGGUUCAGUCAGCCAGCCUGGAUGCCAGUGCUGCAAGGAUAAAACAGAUGAACCAAGAGGAAGCAGCAAAGCCUGAGGUGGAGAAGAGCCUGGAGAAGACACCCAAAGUGCCUUUGCAGCAGCCCACAGGGGACAGCCAGGCCCAGGAGUGCCAGGAGGGCCCCCCAAGCCCCCUGAGUGAAGCCUCCAGUGGGUAUUUUUCCCACAGUGUCUCCACAGCCACCCUCUCUGAGGCUCUGGCAGCAGCAGGUGAUGCUGUGGCUCAGCCAGGGGCUCCAGCACCUGCAGGGAGUGACUGCCCUGCCCCUGCAGUGGCUCAGGCCCUUUCUGACGUGCAGGGACACUCAGACAGGGCUUCUGAGAGCUCUCUGGCCACCAGGAGGGAGAAUCCCCCCACCUGCAGCCUUCCCAGGGCAAGGGAUGGCCCUGAAGUCAAUGGGAAGUCUUGCACUUCUCCCAGUGAGCAGGGACAUGAUGCCUCUGCAGCCACUGGUGCAAAACCUCUUCUCUCUACCUCCACUCUGAAGGAGUCAGUAUCCAAACAAUCACUGGAGUCAGCAGGACAAGCCAGGAAACAGGAAACAAGCUGUGGGGCUUCAGAACUGGGGCUUCCCAAAGCUCAUCCUGAGCAGCCCAGUGCUGCAGCCUCCCCCUUCAGAAUCCAGAAGGUGAAGACAUCAGAGCUGAGAUCCUUUACAAGCAUGCUGGGAUCAGAUGCCACGAGUUCCCUGGGCACAGAGGAGCAGCAGGAGGGAGAAAAGAGCACAUCCAGUGCCCAUGGACUGAGCCACAACGGGUCUGAGGCAGCAGAGGAAAAGCUGGAGGUGGUUUCUGACUCAGAAGAUACCAAUGACAUUCCUGAGUGGCUGAAAGAAGGAGAAUAUGUCACAGUUGGCACCAAUAAAACAGGAAUUGUCAGAUACAUUGGGCCCACAGACUUCCAGGAUGGAACAUGGGUUGGUGUGGAGCUGGAUUUGCCUUCAGGCAAGAACGACGGCUCCAUCGGGGGCCGGCAGUAUUUCAGCUGCAGGCCGGGCCACGGGCUGCUGGUGAAGCCGGGCAGGGUGAGGCGGGGCGCGGCCCGGCGCCGCUCCGGGCCCCGGCUGCCCGCGGACAGCAGGAGGAGUGCGAGCUGCAGCUCGGCCUCCAGCCUGGCCUCCCUCACCGCCCUGGCCAAGGCUGAGGGAGCAGGAGCCGCCCUCAGGCUGGAGAAGAGCCAGAAGAACGCGGAGAACAGGAAAUCCUGGGCCAGCUGAGGGAUGGCAGCCCAGCUCGCACCCUGGGGAGCUGUGGGCAGCGACACCGUGGCAGAUCCAGCUGCUGCAGACUCCUCUGAAGGGUUUGUUCCUCUGCUCUGCCUGACUCACUCUUCAUUCUUUGCCUCCUGGUGGUGCUGGAUCCUUCCCUUCCUGUCCCAAGCCCUGGCACCCCUGGGGUCAGUCACUGAGCCAGGGUCAGCACUUGGCACUGGUGGGUGUAAUGAGCUCCUUCUCUUCCUCCCUGCCGAGGAAAUUGGGUCAAACCACAGCAAAAUCCACAAAAUCCUCCCCAGGCUCUUCCUCCAAGUGCAGUUCCUCGAGAACCUCCCCAGGUUGUGUUUCCCUAAGGGCUGUGUCAGUAUCAUGUCCUGGGCAAGGUGGGAAUGAUUCCAGGUGGGCAGAAAAGUGGAAGCAGGACUUGGUUUGGAGAUAAGAAGCCCCAGAGUCCCUUUGUUCAGAGCAGCCCUUGGGCUGUGUGGCUGGGCCAUGGCUCAGUGCCACUCCUGGGAAGCUGUGUGCGUUUCCCAGCUGCUCUGGGAUGGCAGGAAGGCCAUGGCCACUCUGUCCUGUUUGUGGUUUUUGGAGAUUCACUGUUUGCUCUGCCCAUGGCAGGAUCCCCUCUCUUCAGGACCUUGGUCCCUCCCAUGGGCAGAGGAUUUUAGCAGCUGUUCCUGUUCCCACCCAGCCUUGGGAGACAUUUGGGGUUUUACCAAGCAGGGCUUCUCUGUCCUCAUAAGGAUCAAUCCAGUCUAUUUAUUUUUAUUUAUUCUUUUAAAACACAAAAUGUUUGUGCAUUACAAUCAUCCCCUCCUGCUUGCACAGCCCCAUCCCAAGAGCAGGUGCCUCUGUGGCCCCCAAAACCAGCCUCUCUUGGAAAAGAGGCUUUUCUAAAACUUGAUUUUAUUUGUGGCUGGUUUUUAGCUGCCUGUGGCACAGGCACACCCCUGUCCAUGUGUCCAUGCAUGGUUUUCCUACCAAAUCCUGAAAAGCCACAGAUUUUUCUAUCCUGUGCUGUUUAUAUCUUGUUUAGUCAUCAUGGGGGGAUUGGACAGCCUGAGCAAUAAAUGUUUUUAGCUACAUGGGGACUAUUUAGGAUGCUAAAUUAAUGAUUCAACUUUAAUAUCUCUCCAGUUGCUGCCUGUGGGUAUCCAAGUGCCUUAAACAUCUGGUUCUGAGGUCCAAGGGAAAGCUCCAUUGGCAUCAAAGGAGAUAGGGAUGCUUAGUGAAGGAGAUAAUUAUGCUGAUUUACUGUAAUUAAUAUCAUUUAUGCAGAAGGAAUAAAAUUAAAAUAGAAACUAAUCUGUAGCAGAAAUAAGUGGGCUGGGUUCUGAUGCAGCCAGGGGUUGUGCAUCCUUCCAGCUUGGUGUAAGUAGUUUCAGUGUUUCCUAAAUUUUCCUCAAGAAAUCUUAAUAUAAAAUGUACAGAGCAGCUUUUUAAGGAUAUUUUUAGUGUACAGUUCCCCCUCUUUUCCCUUUGCACGAAGCUCCUGUCCAUGAUGGGGGAGGAAUUUGGUAGUAGAGAAUUCAGAUGCUGAAAUCCCAGGUUUUAAAAUUAAUUUAAUUCAAAAUUAAAAUCCCAGGUUUUAAAACACAACCCAUACAGUGAAACUCUUCAAUUUUGGGGUCUGAGGAGUCUUGCCAAUGAAAGACCACCAUUAACUCAUUUGAUGCCUCUUCCACUGCCUUGUUGGUUCUCUGAACUCCACCCUGACCAUGCUUUUUGAUUUUUUAAUUGCACUUUGUUCUGAUGUGCUGCAGGAAGAAGCUGAUGUGAAGCAGCCCCUCCCCAGAGUUGUGUUUUCAGUCUCAGCAUUUCAGAUACUUGGAGUUAGGAUGUCUGUAAAACUCCUCCAGGUUUGCUCAUCUCCCAAAGGGAGGAACCUCCAAGUCCUUUUGGAGCCUCUUUUCUUGUGCUGGGAAUCCAGGAUUUUCCAGAGCCCGUGGGCAGUCCAGGCUGCAGGGGAGGAGCAGGAGGAGCUGGGUUGGUGUUUGUGUGCUGGCUGUAAAUUCCUCUGCCCCUUUGGGCUCCAGCUCCCUGCUUGGUGCUGGCACACCUGGAGGAGGCUGGUCCAGCUGGGUUCCCUCUCCUCCCACCCUGAGCUGUGUCCAGAAGCAGGAGGGGUGUGAAGGGUGGGGUAACUCCCAUGGGAUCACAGCAGGGCUGGGGUGAUCCCAGGAGGAGCCUGUGGUGCCUUUGCUCAGAGCUCUCUUGCUUUUCACCAUUUCCUCUGACUUGAAAACGAAACCUCUCCUCAGAUUGCACCCUAAAAUCACCUUUUUUCUGGCCUCCACAAAGCCAAAACCAUCCAGUUAGUUCAUGAGGGUGUUCCUGGAGGGUUCCCUGGCUCUCUCCUGCUCCCUCACUGCUUUCCUGGACACAUGAAAUCUUUCCUAAAGGUGUUUUUCAAAUUUUUGGCACAUUCCUCUACUCAAAGCCAUCUUGCUUUGUCCCAGCUAAGCCAAGUAACCAGAAAAGAGGUAAAAAUCGUCAUGGAGGUAAUAAUAUCUGUUUUUUACUGAUAAAAUGAUAAAAACUCUACUCAGCCUAAAGGAGGAGGUGCUCUUAACUGGAACCACCCAGCACUGAGGCUGGUGUGUCAGUAGCUAUGCAGAUUUUUCCAAGAUUUUCAUGCACUUUAUACAGGGAAGAAGAAGGUUUAAUGCAGGAGUGUCAGUUUUAUCAAGUGUCUCAUCUCUGUGUCUCUCAGGGGUUCAGUCCUGCUGUGUCCCUGAAUUGUGGGUGGGUCUCAGACUGGAAGUUGGUGCUGGUGGGUUGGAAAGGCUCCAUCCCCCUGUGUUUGCAGGGCUGGGGGUCCCUCCCCCCACAGGCACCAAGAGGAGGCAGCUCAGAGGGACAUUUGGGUUUUUCUCAAGCCAGGCCACACUUUAUCCUGUGUUAGCUUCAGCUCUUCAGGUGUUCUGAUCUCCAUGUCCAAAAUCAAAGCUGUGCACCCCCAGCUUUGGCCCUUUGCUGUUCCAUGUGAUGUUGAGGACAAUGAACAGGAGUAAAUUCUGUGUGGUGACACCACCCAGAGGGGUUUGUCCUUGGGGUGGAAUGUUCAACACCCUCAUUCCUCCCCCAGCAGGGCCUGGGUGUUUCCCAGCCCUGUGCAGCUGCUGGAGCCCUGCCCGUGGUGAUGCUCCCACUGUCCCUCAGCCACUUCCUCCAGUUCUUUGCACAAGAUUUCCUUUUCCCAGUGCCUUAUCCUGGGGCCAGCAGCCAGGCUGGGAGGCCUCAGGGUGCCUGGAUUUUGGGGGAUGAGGGACAGUGGGGCUGCUCACACUUCACUCCCCCAGUGGGGUCAGUCAGUGUCUCGUUCCUCCAUCCCCCACACCCAUCCAUGGUUCUGCCCCUCCAGCCUGGAGCUCGUGUGUCCCUGCCAGGGUCAGACCCUGCAGGGGCUCUGUGUACUUUAACUGAGCUGAAAUCCAAAGAGACUUUGUAAUGAGCUGUAAAGUUUUUAAUUAUUUCUGUACCAUACUAAGUGACUGUAAUGUUGUAUCAUACGUGUGAUGCCUCCUGCAGGACCUGAAUAAAAUCUUCUUUAGAGCCUG